AUGGCCGAGGCGACUGCUGAGAAGGAAACCCCAAUGGUGUCCAUCACCGUUGAGUUCUCGGGCGGCCUCGAGAUGCUCUUCUCGGACCAACGCCAACACAAGCUCGCCAUCCCCGCCCAUGACAAGGACAGCAAGCCUGUCACCAUCGCCUAUCUCAUCGACUACCUCUGCCAGCACGUCAUGAAGGACAGCAGGAAAGAACUCUUCGUGCUAGAUAACCACAUCCGCCCGGGAAUCCUGGUUCUGAUCAACGACGCCGACUGGGAGCUAGAGGGCGAGGAGUCGUACGAGGUCCAGAGCGGUGACAACAUCCUGUUCGUGUCGACCCUGCACGGGGGCUAG